AUGAAGGACCCUGUUGCAUUUGAACGUCGUGAGAUCAGCCCAUCACAUGAUAUGAAACCAAAUGAAUAUAUUGGUUCAGAUGACAAGGUGCAUAUCUUGACAAGGGAUGUGGCCGCCGAAAUGGUAACCAAGGACACCGCUCCCAUCUUUAAGAAGUAUGGAGAGGGUGUUGCCAACUGGCUCACCGUAUACAAGACCGUCAUCAAGAAUAUUGCCCAGGUCAAGUCGAUCAAGCCCAACGCCACCACCGAAGCCUCGUGCAACUUCAUCUACGCCGUGUUCUCAAUGUGCAUGUGUGUCACCCUCCAGGCCACACCCAAGCUGAUCAAGAAGUCUGAGGACGAUGGCAAGGAGCUGACCCCAGAGGUCAGGGACACCAGCUUUUGGUUCAUCAAGAGACGUGAGCUGUCGCCAGCCUUCCGCCAGGCCAUCAUCGAUGCACGCACCAUCUCUGGAUCGAAUGCCGAGCAGGACCACAUUGACAUGGCCUCCCAUAUUGCCAGAUGUGAUGUUUAUGGCCGUAUGCAUAAGUAUUCGGAUUACAACAUGCUCUGGUGGAUCUGCCAGCACAUGACCAUGGCCGCCUACUGGGACGAGCUGAGUGCCAUUGGUGACGAGGGACGUGUUACAGCCAGAGCCUGUCUGAGGAGAUUGCUGGCCAACAUGCUGACACCAGAGACCACAGGCACGCCCGCCGACAUGAUCCUGCGUGACACUGUCAAGCACAACUCAAUCCUCAACUCGAGCACAAAUAUGCUGCGUCGUGUGAUGAAUGAGAUCAGAUCGCCAUCCAACACUAUUGGCGGCCGUCUUCCAGUGGCCAGUGACGUGCCCCUCAAGGAAGCCCUUCAAUGCCGUUAUUAUGAGGGUAUGGUUAUGCCCUAUGCCGAGGACCUGGCCUUCCGCCAGACAUGUCCCAAGUGUCGCCCAUACAUCUUCCUGGCUGGCAAGAUUGGUGUGGUCUUCCACGAUGCCGUCGAUCUGAUCAAUGAUAUCGCCUCGCACGAGCCACUCAAUGUGUACCGUUUGGUUGCCGGCCACGAUGAGCUUGAGCGCUUCACCAGGGGUGCCGACCGUCUGCUCCAGGUGCUCUCCAGUUCCCAAUUCCGCAGCACGAUCUGCUGUGGCAAGGUCCUUGCCCACGCCCUCGCUGGAUCCGUGUCGUGGUACUUCCAGACCUACAGAUACUCAAUGAAUGAGAACUGCACUCUCGUCUAUCCCGCCACCAACGCACCACCAAGAGAUGAUGGUUCCAACAUGCAGUUUGUCCUGGAGAUGCUUGACACUGACCAGAGACAGAUUGAUGUGCUGCGCAAGGUUGAGCCACUCUGUUCCGGUGUUGGCGCAUUCAGCGAGUGGGCAUGUGAUGGAUCAAAGGAGAAGCCAGAGGCAGAGUACUAUCAGAACCUGCGCAAGAUGUGCACUGGCACCCCUGUCGACCACACUGAGCUGACUGCCGAGUGCUGUCGUGCUCAUCAGGCCAUCUCCUCAUCGCCAAUCAUGCAACAUGACAAUGAUGUUCCCUGUGUUGCCUGUUGCACUGGAUACGAAUCUGUUAGCAUUGCCGCCGACACCAGCAUGAUCUACCGUUUCAUCCAGUACACCGUACAGAAUGGACAUCGUUCAUUGGAGCUUGAGAGAGAUAACUAA